GCCGACCUAGCGAGUCCAUUCUCGGAGGCCGCCUUUACCCAGGUGGUCGACGAGACCUCGACCGCUUCGUCGCAGGCCGCGAAGCCAAAGCAGAAGUCGACCAAGAAGGUUGUUCGGGUAAAGGGCGCAGCAGCAAAAGCCGACGUGGCAGCAGACCCCGUCAAGGCGGAGCAGCCAACAGGAGAUGUGGCCCCGGUAGCCCCGGAGGUGUUCCAGAGCCAGGACGAGAAGGCCAAAGAGGAGGACAGCUUGGUGGAAGCUGCAGGACGUGGCGACCUGGACAAGGUGAAGGACUUCUUGGCGAAACGUUACGAUCCCAAUGAGUUGGAGAGUGGCAAAGGGACUUCUUCUUUCGCGCCAGAGCCUUCCGUGUUUCGUCGGCUCGCCGAACAGCAGGGGCUGCUUAUGAAUGCCAAGAGUCCAGGGACCAGGCCCCUGAUUGCGGCUGCGGUCUCGGGGCACAGCCAUGUUGCGUGGGAGUUGCUACGGUUCGGAGCUGAUGUGACUGCCACAGACUCCGAUGGACUCCCAGCGCUGGUGGCGGCUUCGUGUUCGACGGCCUGCGACAUCCACAUGUGGUUCCUGCUGAAUCACGCAUUUGAUCAGAAGAGAAAGAAGCCCGUGCAGCGAUCGGACACUCCAUCAGACAACCGGCCGGUAGAUGAGAAGCUGACCAUGCGAAUGCUCGUGACAUUGCUUCGUGGAGAGGGGCAAAUCUUCACCGACAUGGUUAGUGGCUUGCUGAAAGAGGUUGAACCGGGACAAUUCCGUUCUGAGAGAUUGAAGGAACGAGUGCGCACAGUCCUUUGCGAUUAUGCAUUGGAUAGAAAGCAGGUGCACAGUUUUCUGACUGAUACUGGGAGGAAGUCCAUCUUCGGAGACGAUCGUAACAAGAAGCCCGAAGAUGUCGAUGCAUUCAACUUGAGCUGGCACAACAUGCUUUAUGCGCCGGAAGUACAAGUGACGUUGCGAAGCCUACCAAUCGCAGCCCCUCUGGCAUGCAAGCCAUCCGUUCUUGCGGCACUGGCAGAGACCGCUAACGAGGAGACCCUACAGACAGACGCUGUGGAAGCUAUCACCGCAGCGGCGUGGCUUCAGAUGCGAGUGGCCACCGCCGUCGACAAUUUCCUGAACUGCGUGGCCUUGGGAUGCUUGUGUUUGGUAACUUGGGCGUGUCGUUACGGAGGUAUGGAUGCCCAGCCUGCACUAUGGGUCCUGGCAAUUAUACAGUUCAAAGAGGCGGUGGAGCUGCUCUCGCAGCUUGGUUUUUAUUGCUGGAGCCGUCUGACCCGCAGUCGCAAGAACGCCCAGAGCUUUUGGCUUGGUCGGGCGCGCAUUAAUGGAGAGGACAUGGAGCUACUGGGUGAUGAGCAUACCUCCUGGGUUCAUCCCGCGCCUAGCUUGGAAACUCUCGUCGAUCUGCUCUUCUUGGGAGCCGGCUCGGGUGCGAUCUAUCGCCAGAUGGAUCUUUGUGUCAACCAAGAGUUGGAGCCUAUCUUCUUGCCAGGCUUUUGUUCGAUGUACUGGCUCCGACUCAUGUACAGCCUUCGGGGAGAGCGGUGGCUGGGGCCGUACCUUCUGCCCAUUCUAUCAGCCGUUCGAGACACCGGGGCGUUCUUCUUUGUCACCUCUCUCUGUGUUGCAAGCGCGACUCAUGCCUACGUGAUCAUGAACCCACGAGGCGAGGACGAUUUUCCGGUGUACUCUGCGUUCACGCACACGGUGCGAUUGGCCAUCUUCGGGGACUUUGACCUCUUUGAAUACCAGGGACAAGACACUAACUUUGAGCAAGUGGAGGGCGAGUGGGCACCGAAAGACCCCAGUCCGACAGACUUGGCACAGCUCCCCUACAUCUACCUGCAGCUGUGCUUCUUCUGCACGGGAAUUGGCAUUACGGUGCUGCUCAUGAACCUGCUGAUCGCUAUCCUUAGCCAGAACUACGAGAUGCAACAGGAUCGGGCACAAGGCCUCUUCGUGCAGGCCCGCGCGCGCAUGCUGCUGGAGGUGCAGCGCAGGCCUUGGAUGAUGGUGGGCGCCUGGCUCGGUCGAAAGCUCUUGGACCCCGAAGCCUUGCAGCCCCAGGGGGCUCCUUACUGGCACUUUGGGAAGCUGGCUGAGAUCUCACUGAGCCCUCUCACACUGGUCAUGGAGCCUCUUGUACGGCAAGGGGCGUAUUACCAGAAGAACAUCUUCGAUCGAUUCUUGCAGCGGGCUCUUUGGAGCCCUAUCUCGAAGUACAAAGUUUUGGCCCUUGGCAUUCCAGUAGUGUGUCUCGUGCUGCUCGCCGGGUCUGUAAUAAGCUUGCUGGUUUUCGCGAUCCUCACGCUGCUGCUGCAAGCGGUGGGAUUCCGACUCACAGGCAUUCGCUACACGCUCAAUCUCAGCUUGUUCGGCCUUUUUGGAGAUCGCUUCGCCGAGGAGUGCGAGAUUUUUGCGCUCGUCCGGACAGAGCCUGUGCCGCAGUGA